UAGAAAAUGUCUUCAUUCAAGAAAGCGGCGGUGUUGAAUCUACGUGGCUUGCGAAUCUCCCGUUCAGAAGGGCGCCCCUCUCUCUCUCUAAGUGCAGAGAAUCGCCAAAAGCUCUGAUCUUUCUGGUUGAAGUGAUCGAGCGUGAGCUCCCUUUGCUGCUUUGGCGAGGCUCCAUUGCCUUCCGUCGGAACGAAUUUCUGGUGGGGCGCCGCCCGAAGCGAGCCGGGAGCGGGAGAUGGGUCAGGCAUUUCGUCGAGCAGCUGGAAGGAUCAAGGCGCCGCCGGGUUCCGACGUGGCCCCGCCUCCCCAACCGAAGCGCGCCGCCGAUGCGCGGCCGGCCGCCCGCCGACUCGCCGGUCGCCGCCUCAGAUGCGGCAGCUAAAGCUAAUGCGGAUAAUGUCCUUGAAGAACGCGAUCCCCAGUAUGAUACUAUGCUUGGCCAGAUGGUGGGUCGAAUUCAAUCAAAACCUGGAGGCAAACCUGAGAUGGGUGAGGCCUUCGUGGUGGAAAAGUACAAUAGGCCGAUGCCAAAACUACGAAACACAAAACCAGAUUCUGGUAGAUAUGAGGAGCGGCCAGUGCCCGAGGGGACUCUCAAUAUAGCACAGGUCCGCCAAAUCAUCCUCUUGCAUCAAGGGAAAGCCGACAAUCAUGACGGCCCGAUGGACAUCCAGCAGAUUGCAGAGAAUUUUCGGGUGGAUGUCGCACGUGUUCAGAAGAUCCUGCAGUUUGUGUCACUGCCUCCAGAAGACAGCAGCAAAGGGAGUGCCAAUAAGGACAGUUGACGGUCCCCAUGGACUUUGAAACUAAGCUCGUGUAUUAUCAGGCAAUUUUCCUUAAAUAAUAGAUGAUGGAAUGACGGAUACACCUUCUAUACCGGGCAUAGUUGUCUUCAUAGUCAUCGUAUCAGUGUACAAGUCUGUUUAUGGCAUGUUUGCUGAUGUCGAGAGAAUUUUUGUAUGGUUUCCGUUUAUAGAACUGAUCUGUCCUUUGACACGUCGGGGACAUAAAACCGACUCCAAAAAUUUCAAGGUUCAUUCAUUUUUUUUGGCAUCCAAGGCCAAA